AUGGAGGCGGGACAGUGGAAUCUGAGUACCACUCCAUUCAGAGGCUUCACUGUAUUACAGAUAAACUCCAAAAUCCUUCCAACUGACGAAUCUAAAGAAAGUUUGAAGAGCAGGCUGUUAUUAUUGUCACAUCAACUUGCAAGGAAAAACAUUCCUGCUUAUUGCUUGAACAAAUCGCCAGAAUACUCACCAAAGGAGACAGAAGAUCCUAUUGUUAUUGCAUUUGAUCUAUUCAAUCAAAUCGAAGAGUUCGAAUUUCCUGUUUGGUCAGAAUUGUUUUCAUGGGUUCCUACCAUUGACAAAAACAUCAAAUACUCUUUUCUCGACGACAUGCAGAAGGCAAUUAACCUAUCAAACGCUUACAAACUCAGUUAUUUGAAUCCCGUUUAUUUCUGGACUUUCUUAUAUUUCGAAAUACCCGACAGUCCAUGCAAUAACUUCAUCUACCAAAACAUUCCCGUGUAUUCGCAAGACGGAAUUUACAUUAGAAGGUUCAUAACAACACAACCGACUUCAUAUCUCAGUAGGCAUUCAAGAAUUCAACCCAAACAGCUCGUAUUAAUUCCACCAUACGUCCAUCCGUUUUAUGUUCAAUCAGUUUCUACAAAUAGAGCUUCAUGUGUUUCAAUAACGAAAAAAGUCAUUCACGUACCAUUUGAGAACCAAACAUUCGUUACAUUUACUAAAUGGCCGAAUUCCAUUUACAGAUUUAGCCGUUCUGGCCACAAUGAAGUUGAAAUUGAGAAAAAGAUCGAACAGACAGAUUAUCAGACAGAUUUCUACGAAGGAGUCGAAGAAGGCAUCGAACAAUUCUUCGCCAAUAAUUUUUGCGAUGUCGAAGAACCUCCACAAGUCCUUCCAAAAGAAUUUGUUGCAUUUCCAACGAUGAACGCUUACGAACUCAUAGAUGAAAUGAUUGUUAAUUACGAAGAACGCAAAUCUCUUAAGAAAAUGCUUCAAAUCAAUCCAAUUUUUCCGAAAUUAAUUGAUCAAUUAUUAUUACCACGAAUUCCCUUUAUUUCGCCACUAUCUACAGACACAUCCAUUCCCUAUGCAUCAAGCUCACUCGGGCCAAUGCCGAAUCAGCUUACAUCCUUCGAAGGAAGACAUCUCGGAAUUCCGAACUGUUUAGUACGUCAAAAUGGUCGAAUUAUACAAGUACCUGUUAACACGUGCUACCAGAAUUGGGAGGAGAACGUCUAUUCCCCGAUAAAUGGUCCGCAAAACACAAAAUACUAUGUUUAUGUCAUCGGCCAAGUUACAUCGGCCGUUAAAAUUUUUUUCAAGGAGUUAGAGAGUUAUUACUCAUCAUUGCAACUGGGAGAGUUGAUCCCGAGCUUGAACUGCUUCGAGACAACAACGGAACCGACGUUAAACAUGAAAAUAAAUCAGAGAUUUCAAACUGAGUUUAAUGUUGAGCAGCCAACUAUAUUUAUUGUGCAUCCGAUCGUUUUCGGAUGUAAUAUAGAUGCUCACGUCAUCACAACUCCGAUCAUGGAUUGCCAAAUUACGGAACAUUCGGAAGAUUUCAUGAAGAACUUAGCUUUGUUGAUAUAUACACGCCUGAGAUCAUUUAAAUCAGAACCAUUCGGUAAUCUAUACGUUUCUGCUGAAGAAGUCGCGUCUUUAUUUUUUGGAUUCAAAUUUCAUACGCCAUUUAUAAUCCAGAGGCCAAAUGAGAGUACAGAUCCCAUCAGAUUACACAUAGCCUGGGAUCCCGAUACGAAAUUAUCGACGUGGUGCGAUGAUACUUGUCAAUUCUUCCAUACAAACAGAAGUAUGGACAUUGCUGGUAUCAGAGAGACGUUUAAGAAAAUUAGGAAUGGUAUUAAAGAUACAAAUAUCUCUGUUGUUAUGUGUAUUGUCGAUGAAGGAAUAUCCGAGAGUUUAUACAACGAAUUUAUGGCAGAAGACUUCUUGGGAGUCAGUGAUUUCUGCUUAAUUUCGGUUUUCCCGAGCCCUGCCGUUCAGGCUUUCUUUAAUAAUAAAUUUGAUGAUGAUAUAAUUGUUCAGUCACCUUGCGAGAGGAUUUUCGAUUCACCAGAAGGAGGAUACAUUACUCCCCUAUCUACUUGCUUCGUUGUUCCUCAUAAUCUUACUCCAUACACAGUAUCGAUGUUUUCUCAUCAGUCUGAUGACGAUUGGAACGCUCUUGUGAAUGUUACAAAGGAGUUAUCUAAUAUGUCAUGGACAGCUGCUUGUUUUGGAGCAGAUAAAAGAUUAUCUGCGUUACCAAUACAUGUAAGGUCUCUUUUGAGGAAGGCAAGAAAGACAACAUUGACUGUUGCUAGAUUUGAGUUUUUGCCUCCAAGAAAUGUAUAA